AUGACACUGCCCGGAAGGCUGACCGCCCCCGUCACAGCCCCCGGAUGCCAACAGGAGACCGAAUGCCGCCACCAUGGGGUCGUCGGAACCACCUUCCAGGAACUGGUGGUGGCCCAGAAGGCGCUCCCCAAUCGUUCCUGGCUGAAGCCCCGAGACGAUGCCCGGGGGCUGCGGGCAAGCUCCCCGUGGCACCGAUGGGCAGACCGAGUUGGCAGAGAGGAGGGGACCUACCCCAGGUGGCCCGCAGGUGGGGCCGAGGGCCGGGCUGGGAUUGGACCACGCUGGCCCCCACCCAAGCCUGCUCCUCCAGUCCCCACCGUGGGCAGGUGCCCCCCGGGCCCGCGACGCAAGGAGGACUUUGUACGGGUCCUGGCUGGGAUUGUGCCGGAGUGGUCAGAUUCAGCUUCAGCCAGGAGCCUUGCCUCCUGCCACCCUUAUGGGCCUCAGUUUCCCCCUCUGGCAACAGGAACCAUAUCACCCACCAGGCCAAGCUACGGAAGACAGCGAGGGCCUCGAGGGAAAGAAAAUAACAACUCCAGGACUUGCGAGUCCCCCAGGAACACAGCCCACCGGGCCCAGGCUGGGCUCGUCUCCACAGUGAUGGCUGGCGUGGGGGAGCGGCAGUCUCAGGGUUACGCCCUGGCCCUGCUGGGGAGGGGGGGUGCUGCUGACAUGGAAUCCCGGACGCCCUCUCCUCCAGCUCCUGCUCCGGGAGGCAGCUGGCAGGGUGGGGGGGGGGAGCCCAGCGGGCCUCCCGCUGCCUUGGUGUGGGGGGGGGGGGAGUUGCCUGCCUCCCCCUGCCGCGCCACCAACUCCCGGCUUCAUUCCCCCAAACAUUUCGGGGGCGCCCACCGAGUGCCCAGGCCUGGCUGGACAGCACCCUGCUACUGCAGCUCCCCCCCCACCCUGGACUGGGGCUCCCCCACCCCCACCCCACCUCCAGCGCUUCCCAGGAACCCGCAGAGGCUUGGGCCCUUCGGGGUGCACCGGCUCCCCGGCUCGGCUCAGCCCCCCGCCUGGUUCCCAGGCCCGGGCUGGUGGGGGGCGGCGGGAGAGAGGGAGCCGGAUCCCCCCAGCUCUCCCCCUCCCCUGCCCCGCUCUGGAGUCGCACGUGGUGGUGGCGUCAAGGGGAAGGGAGAGGGGAGGGGGGUCCGGGCCAGAGGAGACGGGGUCACGCGCUCUGGGGGGCGGCCCACGCCCCGCGUCCCCCGGCGGAGCGGGACCCGGCGGCCGCGCGGGCAGGACGAGGGGCCGGGCCGGUCCCCCCACCCGGGGCUGAGUCAGGCCCGGGGCGGGGGCAGGAAGCGGCCCCCUCCCCCGCCCCGACCGCAGCGCGCGGCCCCCGCCCCGGCCCGCGGGGGCCCCCUGGGCGCCGCCCGCGCGGGGGGCUCCUACCUCCUUCCCGGGGCAGCGGCGAGGGGGCCCGGGGCCCCGGCGGCGGCGGUGGCGGCGGCUGCGGCUGGGCUGGCUCCCUCCGAGGGGCCGGGAGGCGGCAGUGAGCCUGGCCCCGCGCCACCCCCCGCCGCCGGCGGCCAAUCCCCACCCGGGCUGGGGGGAGGGCGAUGCAAAUUACCCCGGAUCUGGGUCCGCCCGCCCGCCUCCCCCACGCCCGGGCCCGGCCCGCACCAGGCCGCGCAUCCCCGGGCUCGCCUGCGCCGCGUGGCCGCCCGGGCCGCCGCCCUCCCCGGGGAGCGCCGGGAGGCCGACCCCCCCGGCACCACCCUCACCCCAAACCCGGGGCGGGGGGCCGAGGGGAGCCGGGGGGUGCUGGGGACGGUUACACAACCAGGCGGGGAGGGGCCCCGGGGCGGGGAGGGGGGCCGGGCCGCGGGCCGCGCAGCCGGAAGCCGGGGACCGCCACCGGCCCCCGGCGAGGGGAGCCCGGCUCCACGCCCCGCCCCCGCGGCCGCCGGCCCCGCCCCCGCGCCGCGCCGCGCGAUCGGCCCGCGCCCAUUGGCUCGCCGGCCCGCCGCUCACCGCCCCUCCUCCGCAGCGCUCCUCCCCGCGGGCCGCGGAGGGCCGCCGGCGCGGGGCGUCCUGGGACUUGGAGUCCGAGCCGCCUGCCACCUGCCCGGCGCCGGCGGCGGGGGGACUACGCAGCCCAGAAGCCCCCGCGGCCCGCCCGCCCACCCGGACACCCCACCCCUUCCCCCUCCUUUGCAAAGCCCCCCUCCCUGUUUUUUCAGCCCCCUCCCCCAUGGAGCUCAAUCCUGGCGGACUCCAACACCCGCUUCCCCUCCCCCGCUCCCCGCGCGCCUGGGAGCCCCGAAAAGCCAUGCACCCGGGUGGAGGGGGGAGGGUGCUGGCGCCCAAACCCAUGCUCUUCGCCCCCUGAGCCCUCCGCUCCCGGGCGGCGCCCCCUGCCCGCGCUCGGGACCCGGGGCGCCUCCAGCCUCCCGGCAGCUGCCAAGCACCCCCUCCUCUCAAACUUGGGGAACGUCCCCGGCUCCCCGGGUCUCCGCGGCCCGAGCGGCCAGGGGUGGGCGCAGCGCCCCCGGCCUGUCCCCGCCCUGCAGCCGGUCCUGGGUGGGGGCUAAGGUGGGGCGGGGGGGCCCGCGCCGGGCGCUCACUUACCUCGCGGGGCCGGGCCGGGGCCGGGGCCCGGAGUUGGCUCUGGGCUCCUGGCCGCUCGCUCGCUCGCUCCGGGGUCCGCGGCGCUCGCUCUGCCCCCCCACCCGGCGCUCGCGCUCCCCUCGCCCGCGCUCCCUCGCUCCGGCGGCGGCGGCGUCACUGCCCCUACAGUAA